AUGGCAGGGGUUGAUAAAACAGCACCCGAUUUCGAGGACUUAUUGCCGGCGAUGGCGGAGAAGCUUUGCUGGGACGGGCUGAUGAGGGAAUUGUGCAAUGGUUUCAAGUUGUUGAUGGACAAGGACAAAGGGGUGAUCACCGCAGCCAGCUUGAAGAGCAACGCCGCAAUGCUUGGCUUGCAAGGUUUGAGAGACGAUGAGCUCACGAGCAUGGUAAGUGAAGGCGAUCUCGACGGAGAUGGGACUCUCAAUGAGAUGGAAUUUUGUGUGUUGAUGUUCAGAUUAAGCCCUGGAUUGAUGGAAGAAUCCCGCUCAUUGCUCGAAGAAAUACUCGAACAAGAGCUCAAUAGUUAA